AGUAGGACUUGUCAGCACAAAGUAGGAGCAGAUGGCAGGAGAAUGAAUGGAAGCAGGCGGGGACCUGUCAGGACAAAGUAAGAGAAGCUCGGAACAAUGUUAGCUGCAGCGGGGCAGGUGUGAUCGUGACAGGGAUUUCUUAGCGAUACGCUGAUUUGUAAGGGGGAACUAGGAGAUCUCCAUACAGAUGAACUAAAGUAUGUGAGCUCUGCAUCGCGCAAGCUAUCAGUCACGUGCUCCCAGCCCUGCCUGGCAUUCUCUCUCCAGUGCUCGUCUAUUACCUGGAAUACAGUAAUCACCUGGAUGACGUUAUUACUGUAGUUUCAGAAAGAUCGGAGCCCGAAAGCCGACAAGGAAGAACACGAGUCAGGAGCGAAGACCCCCGAAUUGGAUAACAGGUUGGAAUAAGCUCGGGCCAGCCGGAAGUGGUGCAGCACAUAGUGACCCGCUGCACCUCAGUAAAGGAUCAUGUUGUGGCUGCUCGUGGAGGAAGGCGGAGCGUUUGGGAAAACAUUGUCAGCUGGUUUGUGUGUGGAGCCCUGAACUGCUGGGGAGUCGGUACAUGUAGGGGGGGACCCACGUGAGCAGAGUUGGUCUCGGGCUGCCUGGGAGUGGGGGGAUCCCCCCUGGGUAUUUGACGGAAUAGACGUGUCCCUGAUCAUCACUGGGAUUGUCUCUGCUGAUUGGGGAAACUUCAGUCGAUGCCGGUACUUAUGAUGCUCCCUCAUUGCUUUGGCUCAGGUGUGUUUCUUACAUGCCUCUACUCAGCGUCUGGACUUUAGCCUUUCAACCCAUUGGCCCGUCUCCUACAUUUACACCUCCCUAUCCACGGAUUUAGAACCACCCCACCCUUGGGCAGCUUUAUGGGGGACUGUACCAUUUGUGGAGAUGAUAAGGAAGGAGCUCCCUCUGCCAGAUGGCUGGGAAGAAGCGCACGAUGUGGACGGUAAAGUCUAUUACAUUGACCACGCCAGCAAGACUACCAGCUGGAUAGAUCCCAGAGACAGGUUUACAAAGCCAUUAACCUUUGCUGACUGCAUCGGCGAUGAAUUACCAUUGGGUUGGGAAGAAUGCUACGACCCCCAAGUGGGUGUGUAUUACAUUGACCAUAACAGCCAAACCACACAGAUAGAGGACCCAAGGGUGCAAUGGAGAAGAGAGCAAGAGCGCAUGCUGAAGGAUUAUCUGGUGCUCGCUCAAGAGGCUUUACUCGCACAGAAGGAAAUUUACCAAGUCAAACAGCAGAGGCUUGAAUUAGCACAAAAGGAAUACAGGACUCUGAAUGAUGUCUGGAAGCAUAAAGUGGGAUCUCAGACAAGCUUGGUUUCUGGCUCCUCUUCAAGUUCCAAAUAUGAUCCAGAUAUUCUCAAAGCUGAAAUUGCAACAACAAAAUCCAGGGUGAAAAAACUGAAGAGAGAAACGGUCUUUCUGCGACAAGAACUCCAGUAUAAAGAAAAUGGCUACCAAACCCUCAAAGAGAUUGAUUUGAAAAUGUCAGGAAACCAUUGUGCCUAUAAACUUGACGAAGCCCAAGCCAUACUGAAUGAGAUGAAAGCCAUCAAAAAGGCUAUAACUUCUGGCGAACGAGAGAAACAAGACCUAAUUCAGAGUCUUGCGGAAUUGAAAAAUGGCUUCCUCAUUGACAAGGGAUCCCAAUCCGACCUUUGGGCCAGCGAUACUUCUUUAGCAUCUUCAGCUAAUUCUCUGCCCAGGCAUUAUCUCAAUGUCAGUUCUCAAACGGAUAUUUCAGGACACCUUUCUGUGGUCAGUAAUAACCAUUUGGCUGAGAAGGUCAGGUUACAACUUCGAUAUGAAGAGGCAAAGAGGAGGAUAGCAAAUAUAAAGAUCCAGUUGUCUAAGAUCGACACAGACGCAUGGCCGGGAGUCCUGGACUCUGAAAGAGACCGCCUCAUACUAAUCAGCGAGAAAGAAGAGCUGCUGAAAGAGAUGCGCUUUAUCAGCCCGCGUAAGUGGAGUCAGAGCGAGGUGGAGCGAUUAGAAAGCGAAAAGAAUCGGCUAGAGGAAGACUUACAGGCGGUCAGGGACACACAAAGCAAAGCACUAACAGAGAGGCUGAAGAUGAGUAGUAAAAGAAACCAGCUAGUCAAAGAGCUAGAAGAGACGACAAGGUUAAUUGCAUCACUGCAAGCACAACUCAAGUGUCUUUCGACCAGCAUGCAGUCCCUUUCCUCAGGCAGCAGCCCUGGAUCUCUAGCUUCUAGUAGAGGAUCUCUAGCAACUUCCAGUCAGGACUCAUCGACAUCCACCAGUGUUUCUGACCUUUACUACGAACAGCUGGACCAUUUUGAUUCCGUAUACCAGAACAAAGUGGACUUCUUUAUUCAGGAAGGAGCAAUAGGUUAUAGACCAUCUGGGUGCAUCACAACCAUUCAUGAAAAUGAGGUGGUAAGGCCUCGGAAGCCUGAUCCGGCAAAUCGCGUGCAAGCACUGAGGUCUCUCUCUGGGACACCUAAGUCAAUGACAUCAUUAUCGCCGAGGUCAUCUCUAUCCUCACCAUCUCCUCCUUGUUCACCUCUUGUAACAGAUCCACUGUUAACAGUAGAUGCUUUUCUGAGUCAAAUUGAUUUUGAAGAUAUUGACCUGCCACUGAGCUUUACUGAACGUGAUGUUAAUGCUGGCAGGGAUGGCUACCAACACCAAACAGAUGGAAAACCUUCAGGACAAGGUUUAAACUGCUUGGGAGAGUCCAGUCUGAAUGUGGCUAGAGUGUCAGCUGCUGUGUCCGAUGAAUCUGUAACCGGGGACAGUGGAGUCUAUGAGGCAACAAACCAGAGAACAUUGAUAGAAAAUGCAGUGUUUGAUGGUGAAGACUCAGAGACAAUGGAUACUGCCAAGAUCAAAAUACGGAUGAAGUAUGAUGAGAAAAACAAGCAGUUUGUUGUAUUUGUUAUUCAGCUGGACAACUCUGCAGCUUUAUUACUGGAUCAGGAUGAAAAACUGUACAUCCGUGUAGCAGUUCUUCCCUGUUCCGAAAGCACAAGUUGUUUGUUCCGGACAAGAGCCCUGGAGCAGUCUGACACUCUCUUGUAUAAUGAGAUGUUUUUGGUUGCUACGUCCCAUACUGAUUUGCGCCAGAAGACCUUGAGAGUAGAUGUGUGCACGAGACAAAACAACCAUCAUGAAGAAUGCCUGGGUGGUUCACAGAUAAGCUUGGCUGAUGUCUGCCAUUCUGAAGGACAAGAAGCCCAUUGGUACAACCUUUUAAGUUACCGAUAUCUGAAGAGGCAAUCCAAAAUAAGCAAGCAGAAGAUGAGUUCUUCUGAAGAAAGCGGCAUUGGAAAUCCAGAGUCGGUGAGUGCCCUCCUAAAACAGACGGCUGCUGAGUUAGAGGCUGUCAGGAAGCAGAUUGGAGAAAGCACAGAAGCACCGGAGUACAACUGGCCAGAAAAAAAAGAUAAUGUCCCAGAUCAAGAUGGCUUUGGUGAAAAUGAAGGAGAGGAAGAAUUUGACGAAGAAGUACAAUGUGAAACAGAAGAAUCAGACAAACAGGCAGCUACAGAUUCUGACUUUGUAAAGGUGGACAAAGAGACGAACACAGAAGGCCUCGCUCUGCCCUCCUCUUCCGUUCGCCCGAAAGACAAAAGAGCAGCCAAUCCAAUGCAGGCGCCAUUCAUAAGAGGCAGCACAAUUAUACGUUCCAAGACAUUCUCUCCGGGACCACAAAGCCAGUAUAUUUGCCGGCUGAAUCGCAGUGAUAGUGACAGCUCAACUCUAUCUAAAAAGCCCCCUUUUGUCAGGAGUGCAGUGGAGAGACGCAGCGUGAGAGUCAAACGGCCACCUGUGAAGUCCAGCGGCUCAGAGCGACUAAUUCGUACAUCUCUCGAUCUCGAGUUAGAUCUGCAAGCUUCAAGGAUGUGGAACCAUCAGCUGACGCAAGAGAUUUCUGUACUAAGGGAACUGAAAGAACAGUUAGAGCAAGCAAAGCGCCUGGGUGAGAAUGAGCUACCUCAGCGGGUGAAGGAUGAUGACACGUUUAAGCUACUGCUUAGACAAGUGGAGAAACAGGUACAUAAGAUCGAGCAGAAAUAUGAGAUGCAGGCAGAUAAGAUGAUGAGAGCAGCAGCAAAGGAUGUGCACAGGUUACGAGGGCAGAGCAGCAAGGAGCCUUUGGAGGUGCAGUCAUUCAGAGAGAAGAUGGCAUUUUUCACUCGGCCAAGAAUGAACCUUCCUACACUCACAGCAGAUGAUGUUUAAUAAUCACCAUAAAGUAUUUUAUAUAUAUUUUUUUCUGUUCUGAGCACCACGGCAAAGGAAAGUGCCGCCUGGUGCAGCUGAAAUUGUGUGGUGUAAUGAAGGUACAGAGUUCCCUGUCACUUACAAUUUAGGUACGACAACAUAAGUGGAUGUUUUUAUUUUUUUUUCAUCAUUAUUACAAAAUCAGCAUUCCAAGUUUGUAUAGCUUGUAUAUUUAGCGCCUUAUUUUCAGAGAAAGAGAAUCAGAUGUUGUUGUGUGUGCGCAAAGUAUAACUUUUGUACAGUCCGCUGCAGAGGUUUUUGAUGCAAUAAAAUUAAAUUAAAAGAGACUUAGUUCAUACGUAUAUUGUGCGCUAUAUUAGUCACACAAAUUUUUGGCCAUUGACUAUUUUGUAUCGGAUGUUUUAGCAAAUGCGUUCUAGAUCAUAAGUGUUAAAUAGACAUUUUUAUGAUAUAAUACAGUUGAAAAUAUAUUUUGAAAUGCACUUACCACAUUGUGGCCCCCUUCCCCCAUGGAAAGACGUAUGAAGAAAAAAAAAAUAAUCGGAGUUACCAGUUUCUUAAAUUGGUCUAAAAUAUUAAUGUGAUGAACGUUUUAACGGUGCAUAGCUGCAGUCAAAUGGAAUUUUCAUAAUAAAAGCCUAUUUUCAA